GAAAUCAAUUCAGAAUCGAAAUUAGUAAAUCUAUCAAGAUGUAACCUAUCAACUGGAACGUAACCCGUAUACUUAAGGGUUAUAUUUGAUGUAUUAAUAGGAUAUGGGCUCGUAUAUUUUAUGUAAUUGGGGCCAAAAGUAUGUGUUUGGGGCUCUUGGAGGUCUUGAAAUGGCUUUGAACUGGAGGUGAAAGGGUGGCUAAGUGGCACUGGGUUUAGAGGAGGAUAGGCAUCAGGGAAGUCCAGGGUAAAGGAACUUUAAAAAUGCAAAGGAUGGCAUCCCAGAGUUCACCGCCUUUAAUGAACUGAGGCCCCGAGUGAACACAAAUGAAUUAAGUAAGGCGUCCCAGGAUGGGGAGUUAGACUACACCCCGAACCUGCAUUUUGGAGUUACAAAGCAGCAUGUCUGCCGAGUUGUUUUGGGGGAUUCUUUGGGCUUGGUUUGCCUCUUUCUCGUUAACCACAACAAAAAGCUUUAAAGUGAACCCAAAUCUGCCACUUCUUACUUGUUAUUUGAAUAAUUCCACCAACAGAGGAGAGAAAGCAAGGAUAUUGGUGGCUAUAGGAGAUAGAGCUUUCGCUGUCACUUUGCAUCUAUAUAUUGCUUUGUGCCCUAUCACCAGCAGAUCAAGUAGGAAGAUUAAACACUUUAAGAUGAGAAAAGUUGAUCUUUGUUUAAGCUCUGAAGGGACUGAAGUUAUUUUAGCUACAUCAAGUGAUGAAAAACACCCACCUGAAAAUAUGAUUGAUGGAAAUCCAGAAACUUUUUGGACCACCACAGGAAUGUUUCCCCAAGAGUUCAUUAUAUGUUUUCACAAACAUGUGAGGAUUGAAAAGCUUGUAAUCCAGAGUUACUUUGUGCGGACCUUGAGGAUUGAAAAGAGUACUUCUAAAGAGCCAGUUGAUUUUGAGCAAUGGAUUGAAAGAGAUCUAGUACAUACAGAGGGGCAGCUUCAAAGUGAAGAAAUUUUGGGGACAUCUUAUGCCUGUUCCUGCUAUCAUGGCACGUGAUGGCCACGUUACUUACUUGAGAUUCAUUAUUGUAUCAGCCUUUGAUCAUUUUGCAUCUGUGCAUAGCGUUUCUGCAGAGGGAGUAGCAGUCUCACAUCUUUCUUAGUAAUUAUAAUAUACCCAUGCACUAUUUUUUAACAGUAUAUUUAUUUAAACAUGAAGUUGUCAUAAUAAUGAAGGAAUUUGUAUCAA